UAUUGUGGAAUGUAUCCUGCAGAGUUCCUUGCCGGUCCAUAUUGGGAUACCCUUCUCCAAUUGAGGGGCGAUUUAAAUCUUCUCGGGUCAGAGGUGUAGGGUUAGAGCCGGUGUAGCUUUAUUUGACGUUCAUAAGCGCAUUGUAAUAUGCCUACUUGAAUAAUAAACUACUUAUCUUUAUCUUUAUCACAUUACAAUCUAUAAAUUGUAUAUACAGAUGUGAAUCACAAUGAAAAAUGAAAAAAUCAACGAUGAUCAACUCUACCCAACGUGGGACUCGAACCCACAUCUUUGGAUCCGCCAUUCACCGCAAAUUCAACCAUUGCAACUGUGUCUGUUUUUUUUUUCAUUUCAUUGUGAUAGACAUCUAUAUAUACAAUUAACAUGUUUUUAAUUUCAAUGCAUUGCUUAUGUUCUGUCCCUCACGGGCGCACGCGUGUGGCUACUCUAUAUUAUACCUGCUUUGAGGUUAUCCUUGUUUAAGUAUCAAACAAACCUUUUUAACUUAUCAUGUGUCACACUACUGUCAUACUGUGUGUCACUUGUCAAAACCUCGACAUCCAAUGCUACUCGUAUUGAAAUCUGAUAAAAUUACCAACAAAAGUAGUUAGUAAUAUGGAAUCUGAAGGGGUGACGCUGGUGAGAGACAAAAGUCCGUCAGAACCAGUUGCUUUACUAAAGACAGAUAAAUCUAGGCUGAAGUGGAUUUCGUGGUACGUCAUCGUACAGUGUAUAAUAGUGUUCGCAGGAGCAGCAACAGUCCUCCACUGCGUUUGGAAGCCAGACGACGGCAUCUACGAGCUGGAGAUCCUCGCCCGCAUCAUGUAUUUAUACGACACCAACGCCUGCGGAAAGACCAGGUCCCUGAGGCAGUUCCAGGACUUGCAGCUGAGCAAUGAGACGUUUGGGCUGAAUAUUAUACCUAUUACGAAUAAGCAUGUGUCCUUGAAUGUGGUGACAAAGUUGUCUGGGCAGACUAGGACAUACGUGAAAUUUAGUCUCGGUCUCCAUGUCUUCUGGUUUGUCUCAGCCAUACUCCUGCAUAUGCUGAUCUCGAUCAAAAACAUGAAAGUGAUGAAGGUCAUCCUUAUGAUUUUCCGCUUCAUCACCAUGAGCGCCGUCAUCUUUGACGUUUGCAUGGCCAUUGUCUAUAUCGCGGAUAUACAGCAGAGCUUGACUAAAGCUAUGAUUAUAAGGUACAGCGGCUGGGGUAUGACUCCUCGCCAGAUAAACAAUCCAGACGAUUUCGGUGGCUGGGUGCCAAUCAUGGCGGCUACCGCGUGGUUGCGAGGCGGCAUAUUCUUCUUGAACCUCUACCUCGUCAGAUUCGUGAAGCAAGUAAUGCAAAAGAUCCGAGGCAAGGAGGUGAAGAGCCGAAUCAGCAAACUCUGCAACGUGCCGUUUCCGGAUGCUGACUACAACCAGGAAACAAAUGGAAAAUCCUUGCACUACAGGGCGGGGGAAUAUUAUAACAAGUUUUAAUCUAUAGAGUAAGGUUUACACCGUCUGAUAUCAGUUCGUUAUUUGUGGUUGGUGCCACUGAUUUUAACCUUUUCAGCGCCAAAUGUCCUCGACCUUACAUGUCAAGAUCGUGGGUGUAUUACCAAGAUCAAACCUUGCUUUGCAUGAAGGUACAUUGACAGCGUACGCCAUAACAAGUAUAUAUUAAGCGUUCUUAGCGCAACAUUUUAUGUGAGCAAGGUACAUUUCGCGAGGCCCUCUGGCGGCGCAAGAAUUAACGAACAUUUUUACGUUGUAUCCGAGAUAUAUGUACUUAUUUGAGGCACGAGGCCCCUCAGACCGCGAGGCCGUAGGCGGUGGCUCACGUCGCCCACGCCACGCCUAACGCCGCCUCUGCCUACGUGCUUGUUCUUAUUUUAUAUCUUAAGAAAGAUGUUGAAAAUGUUUUUAUUUUUAUUGGUGUAAGUUCAUUAAACUUUCUUACAUUUAAA